AUGCCGCCGCGUCGAGCACCUGUAGCGACCACCAAGCUGGAAUCCCCAACUGUUUCGCAGCCUCGAACGACCCAUGUCCAACGGAUGGAGUACCGCAUAGGACGAGGAGAGAUGGGCGUCCUAACAUUUGAGCCCUACAAGUCAUACUUGCUUCCCCUAUGGCGCUUUCGAACACCAGAGAUUGCACGACAAUCCUCGGCCCUCUUACGAACAGAAUUCGAGCGGUUUGGAGAAGAGGGAGAUUUUGUUGGGAUGGACAUGACGCGCAAGUUCAUUCAGAUGGGCUUCACACGCGCGAAACGAUACGCCAAUCAUAAGGGCGGAAGAAAGUACGACAAAGACCACGAGGUUCUUCCCAACAGCGAGCAUCAUUCAGACAAGGCAGACAAGGAAGAGUCGAGCCGUAUAUUUAAGGAUAUACUGGAGGAGAUUAAGCAGGACGAGACGUACUUGCGGCUCAAGGAGCAGUUCAAGAAAGAGCUCAAGGAAUACAAAAAGCAAAGUUCGUGA